UGAGCUCGACACCAAAGAAGAUGAGUAUGAUUGAUCGAUUUCUCUUGAUCCCUCUUUCGACCAUAUCUCCUCUACUCAAUCUCGCUAUCCAACUCCCAACAUGCCUACCGACUCCCAGUACCGAGACAGCGACAAGAAAAGGGCGUGCCUCCUCAGACUACCUUCAGAGCUUCGCGCCCAAAUCCUCGAGCUAGCCUGCUGCGGUAGCUCUGCCUCUUCCUCGCCCACCGACAGCGACACGGCCUUCAAGCUUUGCCUGGUCAGCAAGGCCAUUCGGGCGCAGGUGCAAAAGAUCCUCUACGAAGUCAUAUCAAUCACAACUCCAAGUGCCCUCAUGGAGCUCUUCGCUACGCUCCAAAGCCGACCUGACUUGGGCGGGGCCGUCAAGGCUUUGCAUAUCGGCCCGGCGUCACAUCUGCACCCAAGAUGGUGGCCGAUGCAAUCUCUAGGAGAUCUCACGGCAAAGAAAUUCAAGAAGGAGGGAGCAUGGAUCACCCACUCCAUCCGGGAUGAGGGUCUUCUGCCUCACGGUUGCUCGCUGGAGCGCAAGUGGCGUUUAGGCGCCUCUGAUGACGACCUCAAGUGUUUUGACGAUGCAGUGUACGAUGCACUCAUUGUUGCGCAGGUGACGCUGAAAGUCAAUUUGAUGCAGUGCCGGUCUGAGCUGGAUGGGUCGUGUAGCCUAAGCUCGGCCGUCUGGCUAAUGAGGGUGCUCGAGCUGCAGGCUGUCCUUGAUCUUUACCUCACGGAAAUGCGCAGGCUUGAAGAUCGACAAGGGCGCGCCAUUGAGCCUUGUCGACGUAUUCAGGAGGACGCCAAUGACGUGCCAAGCUGCUCCACCUGUGUCGCAUACCCAGCCCUGCGACUCGAGUUGCCUCACGGCCCUCUCAUUUCGGAACAGGAUGACGAACUCGUUCACAGCCGAAUCUGCUCCGUUCCCGCCCACAUAAUCACUUAUGCGCAGAUUCGUCGAAUCUGCUAAACUGCAUCGCCGACAUUUCGACGCGGGGAGUGUACGAUGAGAGUAAAUUGCCGGGUGCUCGAUUGACCGCGACAGGGCGAAACAGCGGAAAUCGAGAGACAGGAGGGG